AUGUUCAUGGAUUACAUGAACCGUAUUUUUCAGCCAUACUUAGAUCGUUUUGUUAUCAUCUUCAUUGACGAUAUAUUAAUUUACUCCAAUAGUGAGGAAGAGCAUGAGGAGCACUUGAGGACUGGGUUACAAGUGCUUAAAGAGAAGAAGCUUUAUACCAAGCCUUCAAAGUGUGAGUUUUGGCUCAAUUCAGUGAAAUUCCUUGGGCAUGUGAUUUCUGCAAAGGGAGUUGUAGUAGAUCCAAAUAAGAUUGAGGCAGUAUUAGAUUGGAAGAGACCCAAAACAGUUACUGAAGUGACAAGUUUCUUGGGUUUGGUAGGUUACUAUAGGAGAUUCAUUGAGGGAUUCUCUAAGAUGGUAUUGCCACUAACUCGCCUUACCCAGAAGGAGACUCCCUUUGUGUGGACUCACGAGUAUGAGGAAUGCUUUCAGGAGUUAAAGGAAAGAUUGACUACUGCACCAAUGUUGAUCUUUCCUGAUCCUGUGGAGCAGCUUGAGCUUUAUUGCGACGCAUCUAAGAAGGGGCUAGAUUUGGAGGCAUUACUUGUACGGUAUGAAGUUUGCAGUAUUCAGCGAUCACAAGAGUUUAAAGUACCUAUUUGA